CCGGAGGACGAGGACGACCGCCUGCGGGAGCGGCGGCGCAUCAGCAUCGAGCAGGGGGUGGAGCCCCCUCCAGACGCGCUGAUCCACACGUUCGAGGUCACGGCGCAGAUCAACCCCCUCUACAAGCUGGGGCCCAAGCUGGCGCACGGCAUGAACGAGCUGGCAGGGGCAGGCCUGGCCGCGCUGGCGGCGGCGGACGAAGGGGAUGAGGAGGAAGAGGAGGCCGAGGUGGCCAGCGCCGCGCCGCCGGAGGCCCGGGAUGGUCUGCGGGUGCACACGCAGAUCGACUACAUCCACUGCCUGGUGCCCGACUUGCGGGAGCUGACCCGGCUGCCCUGCUACUGGGGCGUCAUGGACCGCUACGAGGCCGAGGCCCUGCUGGAGGGGAAGCCGGAGGGCACCUUCCUCCUGCGGGACUCCGCCCAGGAGGACUACCUCUUCUCCGUCAGCUUCCGCCGCUACGGGCGCUCCCUCCACGCCCGCAUCGAGCAGUGGAACCACAACUUCAGCUUCGACGUCCACGACCCCAGCGUCUUCCACGCCCCCACCGUGACCGGCCUGCUGGAGCACUACAAGGACCCCAGCGUCUGCAUGUUCUUCGAGCCGCUCCUCUCCGUCCCGGUGAACCGCACCUUCCCCUUCGGCCUGCAGCACCUCUGCCGGGCCGUGGUCGCCGGCUGCACCACCUACGACGGCAUCGGGCAGUUGCCCAUCCCCAGGGCCCUCAAGGAGUACCUGAAGGAGUACCACUACAAGCAGAGGGUGAGAGUCCGCCGGCUGGACACCUGGUGGACCUGAGCGACUUGGGGUGGGGUGGGGACUGGCCCUCCGUGGCCUCCGGUCUCGAGUCCCCCGCCCCGCCCCCUGCUUCCACAAGGCCGCGAGCGCCGCGAUCCCCUGCGUCUAACACCUCUCUCCAAAAUUAGUCGAUGAGCAAGAGCAAGGGGGUCUGGCAGACCGGGAGGUGGUGGUCCGGGGCUGGCUGGGCCCCGUUGCCCUACACUGGAGGAGGGGGCUUCCUGAACCGUCUUCGUGCCGGACCUGGUGGCGCAGCCGCCCUGGAAGUUGGGCCAGCCUUAGCGUGCGUGCGGCGCAGAAACUCAAGACUCCGAUCAGGUGGCAGAAUUGGGUCUUUUGGGAAAUGAGGGGAAGCUGUCCCACCUUUCCUGACCCCGAGGGCCUCACUUCCCGGCCCCUCCGGACCAGGGCUCCCUCUAAGCUGUAGAGUCUUGUGAACAAAAAUCCUACUUUG